AACAAGCCCUGCACGGGGCAAACUAUUCUAGCGUAUUCUAUUUUAUACAACGCCAUUAAUGUAACUUGUGUGUUUAUUUCUUUACAUUCCAAUUAUACAUAGUAAAUAUAUUUUGUUUAUAAAUAGUACAAAGUUAUAGCAAUCAUGGAUACGGCUAACGUAGGAUAUUCUUACCAUUUGCCUUCUGGUGGAUGGAAUUAUAAGAUUCGCAAUACGCUGUCGCAAUUCAGCGAUUUGUUUAGCGAAUUCAAUAAAUACAUUGCACCCGCAUAUCACCACGAUCGUUGUGAAAGGUCCGUUCAAAUGAGGAUUUAUUCUAUGCACAAAGGAGAGUUUGUGAUGGUUUUUAUAGCAUUUUUUGCGUGCUUCGGGCUCGGCGUAUUCAUAGGAUUAGCAGGUCCGUCCCCAACGAGUACCACCUCAGAAAGGGCUGUCAACGUAAUCGUAAACACUACUGAUAUCUACCAGGGACCCAUACACCUGCACAGUCCCGCGUUCAGCACACGGGUGCAGCAACUGUGGCUGUUGGCUCAGAUCCUCACAGAUAACGAUGACGAGGAGAUUUUCGACAAAAGCUUCCAAAUCAGCAUAGCAAUAGAAGGUGUGGUGGGUGGCCACGUUACUGUCAACAUUAUCCCGGAGACGGGGGUCACUAAUAGAACACUACAUUUGAAAUGCAAGAAACAGAUAUGCGAGGAAAUCAUGAUACUCCACCUCGGGUCGUUGGAGUACACGCACUACGUCCUCAACAUACAGAUGUACGGAUUGAAAGAGUUCCACUACCGUUAUAAUAUCAGAGACAUCGUGUUUUAUUUCAAGACCUACAAUCCGGCAUUCACACAAAUGGAGACGUGGUUCAGGUUCAUAUUUCUUCUCACCACAUUUACUGUUGCCUGCUGGUUCGCUCACACACUGAGAAAGUAUUCAACGCAAGAUUGGGCCAUUGAACAAAAGUGGCUGUCCAUCUUGCUACCACUGCUUCUUCUUUAUAAUGAUCCGCUCUUCCCACUGCACCUGGUGAGUGGGGGGUGCUUGGCCCCACUACUGGACACAGUAUUCCAGACCACAUUCCUCGCCUGCGUGAUGCUGUCGUGGCUCGCACAGUAUCAUGGACUCAGACAGAACGAGCGGGGUUUCGUAUCGUUUUAUCUGUUCAAAGUGAUAAUAGUGGGUCUGGUGUGGUUGCCCGCGAUGGUGGUGGCGGUGUGGCAGAAGUACUACGCGUACUACGACCCCACGUUCAACUACUACAUGAGCCCUAACUAUCCCAUGGUGAAAAUAAUGUUCUUCGUUGCUGUGACGCUGUACUUCCUGUACUUACUCGUACUCAUUGUAAAAGCGUAUAGCGAUUUGAGGAAUAUGCCGUUUUUUGACAUCCGGCUGCGCGUCCUGUCGGCGGUGGUGGGCACGGUGUCGCUCGCGGGCGCGCUGCUGGCGGCGCGCGGCUGGGGCCCGGCCGCGCUGCAGGACCACUGGGCGGCGCAGCCCGCCGUGCACUACGACACCUCCGCGCCCUUCAUGGCGCAGUACGGCCUCUUCAACUUCACGCUCUACACACUGGCCUACCUGCUCUCGCCCGGCACCGGCUCCAUACACGAAACUGCCAUCACCAAAGAUAACCCUGCAUUCUCUAUGAUCAACGACUCAGAUGAAGACGUUAUUUAUGGUUCAGACGAAGAGAGCCGACGUCCACUUAACUCGCGCUCCCACAGAGCGACCAGUGAAGACAUAUAAUUUAAACGUUUUGUAAAUGAUUAAAACAGACUAUAUUAAAAAGAUAAACAGGAAACUGGUUGACCAAAACUGACAUUAUGUUCGGAGGAUGAGAACUCCUUGAUCCAGCGCUUCUUGUCUAGCUUUUUCGUGUUCAAGUCUGCUUCAAUAUAUUAUUAGUUGUGUAAUUUUUUCUUGUUAUAAAUAGAAAAUAAUGAACAGUUCUCUUAUUUAUUUUGAUGAUGAAAUAAAGUAUUCCUAUUUAAAAUUUCUUACUUUUUAUCCUUCCUUGGCAGUAAAGAUUGACAAUAACAUACGCAACACGAAAGUUGAAAAAAUGGACGACAAGGCUAGGUCAGGGUA